AGCCACUCCGCCCCGUCAGAAGCCCCGCCCCCAUCGGUCUCCGAGCCCCGCCCUCUGCAUCUCACUCUGUCAUGCCCCGCCCCGGCGCGUCUCUUCCGGCUCCGCCCCUCCGGGCUGCCAUGACAACGAGUCCGCGCCCCGCGCUCAGCUGCUGCUCGGGCGGGACCCAGGCUGGACCGCGGGCCCCGGCCUGGGGGCCACAGCUGUCACCGCCGCCGCCACUUCAUCUCCUCCCUGUCCCCGUCCCGCCCCGCGUCUUCCCGCCGCACUCGGGCCGGAGGCCGGGGGUCCCUCCCCGCCGCACCACCCUGCGCGGAUGCCGAAGGUGAAGGCGCUGCAAUGCGCCCUGGCGCUGGAGAUCCGCUCUGUAACUUGUCCAGGAGUGGUGCUGAAAGACAAGGAGGACAUCUAUCUUAGUAUCUGUGUGUUUGGCCAAUACAAGAAGACACAAUGUGUCCCAGCCACUUUUCCACUGGUCUUCAAUGCCAGAAUGGUGUUUGAAAAGGUGUUCCCUGAAGCAGUAGACCCUGGAGAUGUGGUUGCACAGCUUGAGUAUGAUACAGCAGUGUUCGAGUUGAUACAGCUAGUUCCACCAGUGGGAGAAACACUGUCUACCUAUGAUGAAAAUACACGAGAUUUCAUGUUCCCGGGUCCAAACCAAGUUUCUGGACACCAUGAUUCAAACCGCCAGGUUACCAUGAGGAGGAUUUCUGGACUAAGAGGAAUUGCUCCAAAGCUGGAAUUUUCUACAACUUCAGUGAUCACGGAAUGUCUGAUAAGCUCAAGGAAGUGCCGCACUCAGGAUAAAUUUACUUACCAUUCAGCUCCAGUUGAAAAAUCUCACGGCAGACCGCAAUGCAGAUCAUCAAGAUCACAGAAGAAAAAGUCCAAGUCACCUGAGAGGAAUAAAUACUGCAUAAACACCAAGAACUACGAACAGCCUACGAUAUCUUCAAAGUCUCACUCUCCUUCUCCCUACACAAAGAGACGGAUGUGUGAGCUCUCCGAAGACACCAGGCGGCGGCUGGCCCAUUUAAAUCUGGGACCCUAUGAAUUUAAAAAGGAAACAGAUAAGCCUCCUUUUGUGAUUAGACAUGUUGAUCCCCCAAGUCCCAGGGCUGAUACUUUUUUUGGAUCACCUGGCAGAGACUGUGAACGAGAUGGAUGGGCCCGGAUGCACAGUGAUCAUCCUCACUUUUGCUGCAGAUCCAAGGAUUAUAAGGUUAUCAGGACACCACAUGGGAGAGACUUUGAGGAUCCCUUUGAAAGAUGUGAGGAAUAUCUGAGCCCAAGGACAUGUAGUAAGCCCCAGCAUUCUGCAAGGACCUUACUAGUUCAUUCAGCACCCUCAACAACACCAAAGCAUUGUCCAAGCCCUGUGCUAAAUAGAGCCUCUCUCAGGGAAAGAUUCCACUCUGAUUGGUGUUCACCUUCAAAUUGUGAUGAGAUCCAUGACCGGGUAAAAGAUGUCUUGAAAUCACAUCAGGCUCAUGCAAGACAUAUAUGUGAUGAGAGAGACCCAGAGAAAGAGGAAGAACUGGAACUGAAAAGAGGUCUUUUAUAUAGAGACUCUGCCUAUGACAGUGACCCUGAAUAUAGCUCCUUCCAGCGGCCACGUGGCUCUCUCCAUUUGGAUGAUGGCGAAUACUGGCCCAACAGAGCAGGCUCUUUUAAGGGGAAAUCCCACCGACCCGUCUUUGAGAACAGCAUGGACAAGAUGUACAGGAACUUAUACAAAAAGGCCUGUAGUUCUGUUUCUCAUACACAGGAAAGCUUCUGAGACCAUCACCAUAACUUGUAUGAGUCAACCUCUCAAUGAAAGCGUUUGAUGUGA